CGGCGGCGCUGCAGGGCGAAUCUCCGGCGGCACGCUGCGCGGUGAGCCCGCUGCACGCCGGGAGGAGGAGUGUGGGUAUGAGGGUAUGAGCUCCGGUGUGUGUCCGUGUUUACCGAAGAGCGGGAGCGGGAUCAGGACCGGAGGAGAGACCGCUACUGCCCGCAUGACGAAGCGGAGAGCCGAGAGCGCCUCGCCCUUCUGCUCCGAGCCCGAGAAGAAGCGCUGCCGCUCGGCCUGCAGCAGCGCGGACCCGCCGCUCACUCCCCCACCUGCAGAGCUCCAGUGCCCGGCUUUACCGGACUCGGAGCCGCGCUGCAGGAAGAGACCGGGCCGCCCCGACCCGCUGGAGAGUCUGCCCGAGAGAAAGAAAGCGCCAGCAGCGGACCGGGCCCCGUCCCCUCAGCCCGCCGCCGCGGACUGUUCCGGAAAGUUCAUGAAGGAGAGCGGAGCGGAGCCGCGGGGCCAGCGGCCGGGAGAGGCGGAGAAGCGGCUCGGGAAGCCCGCGGUGAUGCAGCGCAACGAAGAAGAUGAUAAUGUCACAGAAGACCAGCUUUCUGCCUUUAAUACCUUUCAGUUCUGGAGACCUCCUCUGCCUGAGUUAGAUCUUUCCCUCCUGGACCCUCAGCUGAGUGAAGAUGCUGCUACCAAAGACUCAGCAGAAGCUAUGGAGACAUGAGGCAGACAUGCGGGGUCACGUCACCCGAGUGUGAGACUGAGACUCACAUGCAGAGUCUGAAGUGUGUUGAUCACUUCAUCAGGAAUCGCACAAGCUGAUCUGAUGUGAGCAGGUCUGUGGAGGAAGCUUUUUCACAGAUGGACUGAAGGCCUGUGGAGGAGGCUGGUUGUGUUUCAACAGCUUCUAGGCUCCUGAUGAAUAUUGAUGGGGAAAUAGUUCUUUGUUUCGUUUAGUUGAUGGACCGACACGAAAAUGCAGUGUUAAAUGCAGUGUUUUUUUUUUCUCUCUUUUUUUUCACACCAAACAUUUUGUAAAGGGUUAACAUGUUAUGAGUUGGUAUUAAAGGAACAUUUCCUUACUUUAAAAUAGAAUUAAGUGGAUUUCCACUGAUUCUGUACAUUUUCUGCACAGUUCACUUAAAAAUUUAGCCAUUAAAUCAUUUUUAAAUCAAAGCCCUAUCCUUACAGAACUGGUUUCUCAGGGCGAUGUCUGUGAAUAAAAAAAAUUCAAACUUCUACUCAGUGAUAAAACUCUUGCAUCUGGACCAGUGCGUUUUUUUUGGCUUUCUCAGUCACAUGACAUUGAGUUCAGUAGCUCCUCCAUUUCCACUCACUGUUGGGUUUUUAGGUGGAUUUCCGUGGAAAAACGCGCGCUCAAAGUGUUUUAAUUAUGGUGCACAGCAGUGGACAAAUAUCUAUUUUAUUAAACGUGAGGAGAUAAAACUCAGAGAUGUGCAUCUGGACAGGACUAAAAUUACCGGAGGACCACAGAGUUCAGAGAAAAACAGCAGCCUGUAAUUUACUUUCUCAGAGGACAUCUGAAAAAAACACAUGGUCGUUCCUGACAGGAAUAAAAUCACAGAGGACCCCCUGAGAAACUAAUCCCUUGGUAAUGUGACCGGUCACUGGUCCUCCUGUUUUUUAAAUUGCAGUCUGGAUGCAAGAGUUUUUUCACUGAGUAAAAGUGUGAAAUAUAUAUAUUUUUGUUUUUCCCAAUGAAACUUCACACAUCAGGACAGGGCUAUAGACUAUAUUUUCUUUUUUUAAUUGGGGAAUCUCCAUUUAAAAUGCUUUAUAGUCCAAGACUAAGCUUAAUUCCUGUCUGGGGAAACAGACGCUUUGGGACAGAUGUGCAAAUUUAAGAACUUUCUGUGAGGUGAAACAUUUUUAUAGGCAUUAAUCUGUUCAGAUAUCUGGAUCUAUUCACCACCACUGUAAAUCAAGAGUUAUCAAGAGUUUCAAUACACAUCACUCUGAAAGAGCUGUGCAGAAAAUGGCAAAAAUUGGUGGAAGUCCUGUUAAAAGUUAGUGUAAGUGGUCCAGGAAUUGGCCAAGUAAAAAAAACUUAAAACUUUUGCAGUUUUGGGUUUUGUUUUAACUGCUAGUAUUUUAGCUGAACUGCAAAAAAAAAAGUUUUUUUGUGGGUUUGGGAUUUGUGGGUUUGUGGGUGUCUCACACAUGCACUUCUCAGCACGUUUGGUAAACAAACCUCGCUGUUUGAGCUUUUGUAGCAAAGAACAGCCGUGUGACUGAUGCUGCCUAGUUUCACUUUGUAACACAGCUGUUUUAAAUUUAAUCUUAACCUGUGGUUACGUGGACCAUGAUGAGGAAGAUUGACAUUUGAGGAAGAUUGAUUUUUCUGUUUCUUAUUAGCUGUUAUUUUCGAGGUGUCUGCAGUUGUUCUACAGCAAUAAAAUGUGUUUUUUCACA